AGGACCUGAUAUACGAUGGCACUUGAUAAUUACAGUUGUAUUCAAUCCUUUCUCAACCUCACUAUAUUCACCCCAACGGCCAUCUCUCUCUCUCAUCUUCCACAGUCUUUCUCACCAGCAAGCAACACUUGAAAAAUGGUGGCCUGUAUUAAUCCCCACCCCAUAAUUAUUAAUUAACUCUCUUAAUUUUUUUUUUUUUUUUUGAGGGGAAUUAACUCUCUUAAUUAAUCCUCCCUAUUUAAUUAGUUCCCCUCCAUUCUCACGGUUGGUUACCUCAAACCCCCAAUUUUCCACGCUUCAGUUGAGCUUUCACAGUUUCUGCAACAAUGCCGGGCUUAGUCUCCGUCAAGACGCCGCCGGACGCGCCGCCGCUGAGAAUCACCGUCCCCGACGAGCAGCCCCACACUCCGAUCCGAGCUCAAACGGUCAGAUCCGAGCCCAAAUCUAACUCCCCCGCCACGCGCCGCCCGCCCUCCCCUUCUCCCUCCACCUCACGCGCCAAACCAUCGCCGGAUCGGGGCUCCGCCAAGAAGAAAUCCCCACCCGAGAAGAACCUCCUCAACGAAGCCUCUCUCGACAACCCGGAUCUCGGUCCCUUCCUGCUCAAAUUGGCCCGGGACACGAUCGCGUCGGGCGAGGGCCCCAGUAAGGCCCUGGACUACGCGCUGCGCGCCUCAAAGAGCUUCGAGAAAUGCGCCGUCGACGGCGAGCCCAGCCUGGAUUUGGCCAUGAGCCUGCACGUGGUGGCGGCGAUCUACUGCAGCCUGGGGAAAUUCGAGGAGGCGGUGCCGGUGUUGGAGCGGGCAAUUAAGGUACCGGAGGUGGCGAGGGGUGCGGAUCACGCGCUGGCCGCGUUUUCGGGGUAUAUGCAGUUGGGGGAUACGCAUUCCAUGCUGGGACAGCUGGAUCGGUCGAUUGAGUGCUAUAAGGAAGGCCUCAAGAUUCAGAUGGAGGCCUUGGGUGAUAAUGAUCCCAGAGUUGCAGAGACUUGCAGAUACUUGGCGGAGGCCCAUGUCCAAGCCAUGCAAUUUGAUGAAGCUGAUAAUUUAUGCAAAAAAACUCUUGAAAUCCAUCGAGUGCAUAGCCCACCGGCAUCUCUUGAGGAAGCAGCGGACCGCCGAUUGAUGGCUCUCAUAUGCGAGGCUAAAGGAGACUAUGAAGCAGCCUUGGAACACCUUGUGCUUGCUAGCAUGGCUAUGAUUGCCAAUGGACAAGAAAAUGAGGUUGCUGCUAUCGAUGUUAGCAUCGGCAAUAUCUAUUCAUCUCUUUCCCGCUUUGAUGAGGCAGUUUUCUCCUACCAGAAGGCACUCACUGUCUUCAAAUCUUCUAAAGGUGAUAACCACCCUUCGGUGGCCUCGGUCUUUGUCCGGCUUGCUGACCUGUACUACAAGACAGGAAAAUUAAGGGAGUCGCGAUCUUAUUGUGAAAAUGCGCUGAGAAUAUAUGCAAAACCUGUACCUGGAACAACUUCAGAAGAGAUUGCUAGUGGGAUGACAGAAAUUUCAGCUAUUUAUGAAUUGUUCAAUGAACCUGAAGAAGCUUUGAAGCUUCUACAGAAGGCCAUGAAACUAUUGGAGGAUAAACCAGGGCAGCACAGUACAGUAGCUGGGAUUGAAGCACGGAUGGGAGUGAUGUAUUACAUGGUUGGAAGGUACGAAGUAUCGCGGAGCUCCUUUGAAAGUGCUGUAACAAAACUUAGAGCCAGUGGUGAGAGGAAAUCAGCUUUCUUUGGUGUUGUGCUGAACCAAAUGGGUUUGGCUUGUGUUCAGUUGUUUAAGAUCGAUGAGGCAGCAGAAUUAUUUGAGGAAGCUAGAGAAAUACUGGAACAGGAGUGUGGCCCAUGUCAUCAGGACACUCUCGGUGUAUAUAGCAAUCUUGCAGCAACUUAUGAUGCUAUGGGAAGAAUUGAAGAUGCGAUAGAGAUUCUGGAGUAUGUUCUUAAACUGCGAGAAGAGAAACUUGGAACAGCCAAUCCCGAUUUUGAUGACGAGAAGAAAAGGCUAGCUGAGCUGUUGAAGGAAGCCGGCAGGUCUAGAAACAAGAAGGCUAAAUCCCUUGAAAACCUUAUUGAUCCCAAUUCCAAAAGGACUAAGAAAGAGACGUCCAAGAAAUGGUCCGCAUUCGGGUUUAGAAGUUGAGUGUGGAUUUUAUUUUCUCACAUGUUAUUAUAAUUUCUUAUUAUUUUAUAAGGUAGAACAUUGUGAAUGGUGUUAAGUUGUAAUUUGUUGAGGCUUCUUGUUCCCAUAGCCGUUUGAUUUGCCAUUGUGUUUAACUUUCAUCCUCUUUUCUUUUUUUCCUUUUUCUCUCUCUUUACUCUAUUGUUUUAUCGUUGUCCAUUUGUUAAGUUGGAAUUGUGGGAAAGAAAUGUCAAAUAUUAUCUUGAA